AUGGAUCACGGCCGCGACCCCUGCCCCUGGGUCAUCCUCAACGACUUUGGCGGCGCCUUCGCCAUGGGUUGCAUAGGCGGCUCCAUCUGGCACGGCAUCAAGGGCUUCCGCAACUCCCCCUACGGCGAGCGCCGCAUCGGCGCCAUCACCGCCGUCAAGAUGCGCGCCCCCGUCCUCGGCGGCAACUUUGGCGUCUGGGGCGGCCUCUUCUCCUCCUUUGACUGCGCCGUCAAGGGCGUCCGCCAAAAGGAGGACCCCUGGAACGCCAUCAUCGCGGGUGCCUUCACCGGCGGCAGUCUCGCCGUCCGCGGUGGCUACAAGGCCAUCCGGAACGGCGCCAUUGGCUGCGCCGUCCUCCUCGCCGUCAUUGAGGGCGUCGGCAUCGGCAUGGGCAAGAUGUUUGAGGGCGGCACCAAGCUCGAGAUGCCCCAGCCUCCGCCGGGCAUGGAGGAGAAGGCCAUGUAA